CGAAUCAAUGGUAAUUGAAUUGAUACCAACUAUUGGACAUAGAGAAAUCAUUCUCAUGCACGGUGAUAAAGAUUACGUAUCGAUUUCGCUUAUCAGGGAGAGAAGAUGAAAUUAUACGAUAAAAUGUCGUAUCGAUGUGAGAAUCGGUGAAUGUAUUAUUAUUUUUUGCAUCAACGACCCGCGCAACUGUCGACAGUUUGACAGUUGAUCAACUCCUGGGGGUAUAUCUUAUCUCAGGCGUUGAUGGGGGAAGGGGAAGUGAGGAAGCUUGUGUCGAAAAUCGACAAGAACGCUGGUAUCAGUUGUUGUGCGGACAUCACGAUGUCCGAUGUAUCUCUUUAUGGCGACAGCUUCGUUAAGUGAUUAUGAAUGUUGGUGGGAAAAUGAGGGAGUGAAGACACGGAUUUCGAGGCUUUUUGAUGGAUCCAGACCAUCAUUCGCCGAUUCGAAACUAUUGUUGGCUAAUCGAAUGGUCGGUGACAGUGCGGAUGAACAAAAUCAGACGUCAACUUCAGAAAGAUUAGAUUAGAAACUUCAAGAGAAAAAGUAUAAUUUGUCUUCGUCGAGAUGCGCUCAAUCAUUGUCACGAUCAUCUGUAAGCACUCGAAUCGUGACGAAUGUGAUAUCUAAAAUAUCAGUGGAUCCUUCAGUCUGGCGCCAGGUUGAACAAGUUCAACUGAAUCGAGGAAUUUUUUACAAAUUUAGUGUACAUGAUUUUUUGAAUUCUUUGAGACGUCGCAAGAAGUCAUCGUGUCCGCCCUGGAAUGACCAAUUUUUAAAAACAGUUUCGCAAAAUGAAGAGCUCCUCCCAAACUUGGAAAUUUGGAACAUUCAGGACGGAAGUUGUGGUGGCGCUCAAUUGAAAUGAAAUUUGCAAUAAUCUUUCUAUCUAUCUUGAUGGAUUAGUUUCCAGGAAAAGUGUUUCUCAAAUUAAAGACCACUUUGCCACGUUCAAGCAGAUCAACAUUUCAAACCAAUCAAUGCCCUUCGAAAUGAGUUCCCUCAUCAAUAAGACUAAAUUAGAGAAGUUGGAUUCUUCAAGAAGAAAAUUCAUCGAAGAGGCAAGAGUAAAUUAAAAACAUGAGGACAUAAUUCAGACUUUGAAAGUCUAUUUCCAAAAUGAAGGAUAUAUUUAAAUCUCUAAGUCUCAAGGAAAAUACCUUCCUUUGUCAAUCAUCCUGAAGCAAGUGCCUUGAAGUAUCCAAGACAAAUGUGAUUGAUAGGAAAGUGCAAUAUAUUGGUCCCCAAAAUAAACAAGAAGACGUCCCAUUCGCCAAAACCGUGAAGGGACUUGCAACCAGUGGAUUAGUUUGGCCCAACUGUUUUCCCAAACCUAAAGAGUGCCCUCCACCAUCGCCAAAUGACUCGUUAAAACAAUCUCCUCUCGCCAAUCAUCCACAAUCAAGAGGCUCGUAAUCACCCCACCAGAAGCUUCCAACCCCUUCAGCCUCUUCAACACCACCAGCCAUCAUCACCAAUCAAGCACCUACUAAUCAGCCACCUUUCCACCAGAAGUUCACAGUCCAGGGUUAGAAUACCCCCCCGAAAAAGCCCCCAACACACUCUAUCACCUUCAAAUCCCUGAUACUCCUUGGCCACCUGUUCGUCAGUUUUUACCUGGGGUCCAUCCGCGUUACAUCGCCACGCCCUCGAACCAAUCAACUCUCGCCCUCGGGCCUGACGUCAUCGAUAUCCAACCGGUAGGGUACUGAACCUGGGGUAGGGGAACAUCGUUGGAGACCUGCUCACACAGCAGUAUUAAACGGGGACCACGAGGCGGGUGAAUUUUUUUUCAAGACCCCGGGGAGUGGGGAUUGAACAAUUGCCAUCUCACUCACUCACCUAGGACCCACUGGCUUCCAGCUACGGGAUAAACUUGGAGUGUAGCAAGUGUGAGUUACACCGAAACCUCGAGAGAGUCGUUCCUCUUUCACUCCUUGUAAUUUUCAUUCGCACGCCAAAAAGACCACGUUGCAGUGUCCACUGUCCGGUAAUAGGUCAACUCCUGGGAUUUUACAACAUUCAACACUGUUGCUCCUCAAGCCGGUCAAGUGUCAACUCUUCCUUAUCGCUUCCUACGAUUUAAAAAUAAAAAAUAUGAUUUUACGAUUGAUUUACCCUGAUAUUGUGUCAUGUUAUUGAAGUGAGUCAAUGUGACAACAGGAGUUUCAAAUUCGAGUGAUUGAUUAACCCGAUUAUUGUCAAUGCUAUUGUGGGAGGUGGAUUGAGGGUUUUGGGUGACAACUGGGAAUAAGUGAAGUUAUUUUCAAGUGUUAACCACCAGGGUGUGAUGCCCUGGUUAUGGUUAAAAGUGAGUGAGGCUAGUGGAAAGAGGUGGUGGUGGUAUUAUCGUCGCACGCCAGUGGGAUUGAUUUGUUUGAUAGUACCCACGUGAUAUUAUGGUGGAAUUAGGUGGCAAUGCGAGAUCGGUCUCGUACCUGCAAAAAAUACGUAACAAUGAUAAUUAUCAAAGAUGUAGAACUAGAAGAAGAUAUCCACCUAGGAUUCUUAUUGUUGUUGUUCUUGUACUUUGGUUACCGGCAUUAGAGAUACCGGGGGUUUUAGCUUGUGGACCUGGUAGGGGUGGUGGUAGGCGGCCAAUACUGCGCAAACUCACCCCAUUAGUUUUCAAACAGCAUGUGCCAAAUGUCAGUGAAAAUACACUGCCAGCUAGUGGAUUGCCGGAGGGCCGAGUAUCGAGGGAUCAUACCAGAUUUCGUGAUCUUGUACCUAAUUACAAUGCUGAUAUCAUUUUCAAGGAUGAGGAGGGCACUGGAGCUGACAGGCUCAUGACUCAGAGGUGUAAAGAAAAACUCAAUACACUGGCGAUAUCCGUGAUGAAUCAGUGGCCUGGGGUGAAGCUGAGGGUGACUGAGGGGUGGGAUGAGGAGGGAAAACAUGCCACUGACUCGCUGCAUUAUGAGGGAAGAGCUGUGGAUGUUACCACCAGCGAUCGGGAUCGCUCCAAGUAUGGAAUGCUGGCUAGGCUCGCUGUUGAAGCUGGCUUCGACUGGGUCUAUUAUGAGUCCAGGUCGCACAUUCAUUGUUCUGUUAAAUCAGAAUCAUCAUCGGUAGGAAAAUCAGGGGGUUGUUUCCCUGGAAGGAGCUCAGUCCUGACGUCGACUGGACCAAAGCCCCUGUCCUCUCUGGAAGUUGGCGAGGAGAUAGCCUCCUUGGACUCCAACGGAGAAAUAGUCUUCUCCGAGAUGAUAGCCUUCCUGGAUUACGCUCCUUCAUCCAAACGACAAUUCAUUCGUCUAACAACGUUCUCUGGGAGACAACUGACUUUGACGCCCUCCCACUUGGUGCCAGUGGAGCCCAAGGACCUGAAGAUCCCCAGCAGUACUUUCUACGCAGCUAAUGUUCAGGUCGGAGACCGAAUCUUAGUCAGGGACGACGAUAAGACACGUCCCGGUGGCUCCAGGGUAAGAUGGGACGAUGUUGUCGAGGCUGAACUCGUUCUUGAGGAGGGCCUCUAUGCUCCUCUCACCAGGGAGGGCACCGUAAUCGUUGAUGAUGUCGUUGCCUCGUGCUAUGCAAUCGUCAACAGUCAAACAAUCGCGCAAAUCGGAUUUUUCCCGUUGAGGAUACUCUCGACCAUCACCAAUGGACUGCAAACUGUUAAAGACUUCUUCUGGGGCUCUCAUGAGACCCAGGAUAUUGACACCAACGAGAUCAAAGGCUCAAAAUCAGUGGACUCGAGGUGGAGUAGACCAGAGGGCAUCCACUGGUAUGCCAAUUUCCUCUACUCGAUUUCCACGUACGUUCUACCCCCCUCCAUGCUGUACUGAAUAUUUUUUAUUGUGGAGAUGGGCAUCCACGUGGAGAACAUACCGGUGUUUUUUCCCACUUAAUUAAUGCAAGGAGCUUUUUCAUCGAGGAGACAUUGGUAGAGGUUUUUUUUUUAGCGAGUGGUGAUGUUAGUUUGGGGUUAUUAGGAAAUUAAUCGAAACAAUGGUCAGAACAUAUCAUUUUUUGUAAAUUACUCGGGAAAGUUUGGAUGUAGAACAUUAUGCAAAAUAGGUUCUUCAUACUUUUACCGAUUGCCAAUAGUUCCACGAAUAUUCACGAAAUAAUCUAUAUCAAAUAUCUGAGCGCCUUUCCAGCAGCCACUUCACCACAGAAUUAAUCCCAUAAUCAUCCGUAAUUAGGGAAUUAUCGGGAAGUUCGACAGACGAAUUCCCCGAGAGUCGCACGAAUCCGUGCAACAAUGAGUAUAUGACCUUUAGAGGUAUAAUGACUAUUUAAUUAAAUUUUGUUCUAACAAAAUGUAGGAAGAAAAAAGUCUCAGACAAAAGUUGGCCAGUGUUCAUCAUCUACUGUGUACUUUAUUUUCAAUUGAUUAAAUUAAUUCAAUCCAGUGUCUCUAGUUUUCAUGAUUAUUCAGGAGUAACUGAGACCAGGGAAAUUCUGUAAAUAGAAAACGUAUCUAUUUUAUUGUAAAAUCAACGAAUGUUAUCGCCAAUAAUUAUUGAUAUUUUUAUUAUUAUAAUUAAUAUUUGUUUAAUUCUAUCAUAUUUAUCGGGUGACCGUAAGCGACUGUACUAUAGCCUCUUUCCCCUCUAUUUUAUUCUAAUAAUUAAUUAUUAUUAGCUUUGUUAGUAAUAAUGAGUAAUGGUUUAAUGAUCAAAAAAGUUAGGAAAAUUUGGAAAAUUGAUUGCAAAUGAGCAGCUCUUGUCUUAAUAUAAUGUGCUAUUUUUUCAUGUGAAAUGCUUAAGUUAUAUACCAGAAGACAGAUUAAAUCCCACAAUGCGUUAUUUUUAUUAAUUAUUAUAUAUUAUAUUAUCGAUUAUUUCAAUAAUAAUAUUAUUUGUAUGUAGAUGGAACAAAUUUUAUAAAUUAUGUAUAUAUAUUGACGAAAAAAAUAGACUCA